UUUCCCUUUCCAGUAACUUACCUCUCUGCUUCGACCAAUCACAGAGCCGCAAAAAAGUGACAGCAAACGGCAAAAACCCUUUUUUUCCUUUCUUAUCUCUUACAUCUGAAACCCUCCACCCACAAACAUCCAAAACGCACACAGUGCAGCGUGUACCUCCCAAAAGGGAGGAGAGAGAAAGAGAGAGAGGGAGGUGAGGGUAGAGAGAGAGAGAGAGAGAAAAUGGGUAGUCUAAUGAGUGAAGGAAAUUUUCAUGCAAAGAGGAAAAGAGCGAUCUCGGAGCUGGUUGAGGGCAAGAAAAUGGCGGCCAGGCUUCAAACCCUUCUGCAGAAUCGCGUCCAGGAAGAUGACCGGAGUGCUGACGUGUCAGCUCAGGAACUCGCGGUUCAAAUAGUGAGAUCUUUCAGUGUGACUCUCUCCGUGGUGAGUUCCUGCACCGAGUCAGCCCAGAUCGCCGCCGUUGACUGCGGCGGCGACAGCAGGAAGAAGCUGAAACCCGGGGUGGUGGUCAAAGAUCGGAGGGGCUGUUACAAGAGGAGAAAGACCAAAGAUUCGUGGGUGAUUGUAUCUUCAACUAUGGAAGAUGGAUGCGCGUGGAGGAAAUACGGACAAAAGAGUAUCUUGAAUUCCGAGUUUCCGAGGUGUUAUUACAGAUGCACACACAAAUACGAAGGGUGCAAAGCGACGAAACAAGUGCAAAGAAUCAAAGAAGAUCCUCUCACUUAUCAAACCACUUACAUGAGCCACCACACAUGCACAGAAACACAAAGGGCGCCGCCACAUGUCGCGAUGCUAUUGGACGACUCGGAUCCUAUGGAGUCCGCCAACCUCAUUAGCUUCCAAUCAAAAAAGCCCGACCGUCAAAAUUUCCCGACUUCCGUGUUCACGCCUUCGGUCGUCAAACAAGAAUCGAAAGAAAACACUCCUCAAACUACCGAUGAAGAUCUGUCCGAGUCUAAAUCAAUGAUUCAUAAGGAUACUAUGUGGCAGAAUACCUCCAUCGGAGUGGGCCCUUUGGAGCAGAAGCCUGCUUGGACUCAUCCGAUAAUGAACGGGCCCUACGUAGAAGAAGAUCAAGCUGCGGGUUCUGGUUUCGAUCGUGACUCGUGCGAGUCGUCAACUAUUUUUGAUGGUUUGGAUUGUUUGGAGGUUAAUCAGUUUGCUGACAUAUGGAAAACUCGAUGGUGAGAUAGCUAUUCGGCUUCUGGUGUACAGUGUCGUAAUACGUAAUUAUAAUACAUUCCAUUGUUGUGUAUGAAUAAAUUAAUUUAAUUUCUACUAUAUAAGUUAUCUUCAUUGAUUAAUUAGAUGGCCAUUGUUGUGUUGUUUAAGGUUUAAAGUUUGAACUUAACUACGUUCUUCAUUAAUUAAAUUUUGAUUGUCUCGAUUGUAUAUGUAAAGCUAGUGGUGUAGCUAGCUUAUCUUUU